ACCAUUCCAUCGAAGGAGGAAGCGGGUUUUAUUUAUCGGGCACAAUAAUGGCUGCUUCCCAACAACUCUGUAAUUUUCUGCGGUUUCCCGUCGACAUUGGAGGGUCACUGAUGUCUCAGUUGUCGUCCUGAAGCCGCCAUUACCUCCGUUGCUUCCUUGGCCCAGCUUCUUACCCACAAUGCUUUGCCAGACUGCUUUGUUUGUCUCAGACAAACCAAUGUAACUGUGUCCGCUGCCACUUCUACAGCUGGUCCACUUCACAGCAACACAGCUGGAAGGCCCUGUCCUGGUUUAUCCUGUUCACCGUCUUACUGAAAUCAUGUCUGGCCCAGGAGACUUACCAGCUAUUGAGGGUCCUGGAAUGGGCGGGAUGAGGCUUCCUGUCGGGAUGACCCGGCGGGCCCUCAGUUACGACGAUAACCUGGAGGCCCCCAUGUCCACGCCCCCCCAUGACAUCAGCAUCAACAACCUGUGGAGACGACCCAUCAUACCAGAAAGGAAGUUCACACACCUGGCUGAGGAGGAUGAGAGUGGUACAGUGACUCAGCCUGCUAUGCCGGACAGCGCCCUCUCCAGGUCACCAGUUGUAGUGAAAGCAAAGGCCUCCUCCGUCAUCAUGAAUUCUCUCAUCACCAAGCAAACUCAGGAUAGUGUUUACAAAUUUGAGCAGAGGGCCGGGCUCACUGACACCAGCUACACUCCCCAUAAAGGUCUCACUGCCGAGGAGACAAGACACCACCACAGAAUGCCAGACUCACUUCAGAAACUGCAGAUCCAGAGCAUGGAGGCCAGAGAAGAGCGACAACACUCCUCCGCCCAAUCCACUCCAUCCAACACUCCACACAGCUCCCCAAAACAACAACGCAGGGGCUGGUUCGGCAGUACAAGUUCAGAGGUCAGCAUGAGCUCCUCUAACAGCAGUGUGGACCUCGGAGGGGGAGAAGCGGGUGUUGUUGAAAGGUGGGGCGUGUUUGGGCCACGGCCACAGGUCCAGAAAUCCACUUCUGACCUGGGAUCAGAUCCUACAACUGCAGCAGGCUUUGCACUGCAGGCAUACCGUGGCGCCCAGAAGCCGACCCCCAUGGAGGUAAUGAAGUCACAGGCCACUCGGCUGGCAGACACCACCGCUCAGAAAGUGGCACCUCCCAAAAUGGAGAUUCCAACAGUGGAGAGUCGACGGCAAGGAGCCCGACCACACAAGCUCAAACCCAGAGACAUGAACGUCCUGACGCCCUCUGGCUUCUAAGAGGACGCGUGAUAUCUGUCAAAGCUGCUCGUCGUUCAGGCGUCAAAGGUUCCAUGAAAUGUAAACCCUCUGUGUUGUUAUCAUGUGUUUGGGAUGACAUUACAAACUGUCCACCUCCAGAUAUGAAUCCUGGUCUGCCUUGCAGAUAAAUCUGUUUUAUUACAAUUUGGGUCUCAUUUUUGUAGGUUUCUUACAUAAUUCCUGUUGGUAAUAGCAGCUGCAAUCUGGGAUAGAGGCAACAUCACAAAAAAGGUGGUCAGACAGGACAGGUUGUAAAACUUAUUUAGCUUAGUCUUAAGUACAUUCUUGUACAUUUUGCACGUAAAAACAUAGAACCCUAGAAGCCACUUCAUGGGACCUUUUAACAGCAGCUAUGACAUGCAGAAUAAUACUUUACUGUCCAUUAUCUUCACCAUUGAACCAAUUCUGAACAAAACAUUUCCCCAUAUGCUCUGAGGCAUUGACUGUGUAUCUUGGCUGUUAAAUCACACUCUCUUAUCCUUCACCCUUUUAACUGUUACAUCUAGCUGCAGCAUGCUGGCAUCAACAUGAACUCAAGCCAACAAAUUCAACGUGAGUCCAGAUUACCAUUAGCGCAGGACUGAUUGAUCUUGAAAACUUUUUCCAGCUGAAGGUGAAGAUGAAGGUGAUCCUCAUUUAAAUGAUGCCCUGUAAAUGCACUUUAUUCCCACUCUUCCCACCAUAAAGAGACCACAUGCUCGAUCAUCCACCCUGACCCAAACACUCUCAUGUCACACAUGCCAACAGGAUGCAAAUGAGUGCAAGAACACUGCAUCUUCUUCAUUGUUGAUAGUCUUUACAUCCUGACUUUCCGGUCAAACUUUUCAUUUGUGUUAUUUAAGGGGCAUUUCAAUAAGCAGGGUGGACAAAGUAACCAAUUCCAUAAGUAUAGUUAUGAAUGAUAUGACUCAAACCAACAGAACAAAAAAAUCAGAAAACAAUUGUAAAAAUGUUGUCUCAGGAAAUUUUGAAAAUUUGGCAGGCUCCUGCUCACUGAAACGUUCCACUUAUUUGAUUUGUGUUACACUUUUAGAUGUUUUAAAUUAUAGAUUAAGAUUAUUUUAUAUAUGAUACUGUAGCAACAGAUUCUGUUCCUUUUGGAUCAGAAUUUUAAAAAAUGUGUGUCUAAGAAUCAGAGGUACAUGUGGCUUCAGACUCAUACAAGGACAUGCAGACGGAUUCAAUUUAAAUAGAACAAGUCAAAGAACUAAAAAGGAUUUGAAGCCUCUUUUUGUUUUCCAUCUGUGAACUCAGUUAAUGUGUGCCUCUGUUUUCUAACAACGGCCAAGCAUGAAAGAUUCCUGUUUCUAGUUCUGAUGAAUUUAUGUGCUCAGGAGCUGCUACCGACCACAUCCUGCAGAAACCUUGUGCCCCUUAGAGAAAGUGAAAGAGACACACUUUUGCUUUUGGCUUUAAAAGAUGAACACAGUCGUCAGUGUUAAGAAACACUGAGAAAACAUGGUGCCUCACAAUAACUGCAAAUGUCUGAACUUCUGCCUUUCAUUCUAGAAAAAGCAGCGAGAAUUCAGCAGAUUUUGUCUCGCUACAGAGGUGUCAAACAUUCCUACAGCACUAGUUUACUGCUAAUUAAUGGCUUUUUUAUACAAGGUUUCUGCAAGAACGAUGUGUGUGAAGCUUUGAAGAGCUUAAUGAGCGCUAUGAUUCAUCUGUCAAAUGAAAUAUAGCACCAAGCUGAUUGUUAUUAUUUUACUUUUAUUAUGAAGUGGAAGCAGACUGCUUGCUGGUAAAACAAUCCAUGUGCGAUGUGACUCAACAGUGGAAGUAAAAAUGUAAUUUCCAAGUAAUUUCCAACCUGUAACUCUGUUGUCAGAUGCUGUGUUGAACAAUCCUAAAGCUGCAUACAGAUGACAACACACUCUGCUGUCAGCAGCUGUAAAUAUUCAGUGAAUAUGACUGUUUCUGUUCCGUUAAAGUUUAUGUUUCAUCUUUUGUGUUCACAAGUGCUCUGUGUUUCAAGUAUGAUACUGUUCCCUUUAAAUCUCUCCCUGACUGAAGUAUCACAUGUGAACCUCCUCUCCAUGCUAGUGUGACUCUGUAGUACAAAUUGAUUGAAUUACGGUUUCUAUUUUUCUGUUAAGAUUUUUGCAGUUGAUGGUAAA